CCGUAUUAUUUAUUUAAUGGAAAAUAAUUCAAAUGUACAGCGUGUAAAAUUGUACUGACGAAAGCUUCUCUUUCGCUUUCUCCCUAUUUAUUUCCGUUUUUUCCUCAUUCAUCUCAUCAGCUUGGUAUCAUAACAGCCCCCUCCUUCCUUUCUCCGCUCAUGUGUGAUACAAAAUACUGAGCCGAAGUGGGUAAAAUAAAGUUUGCGCAGGCCAGUCACCGGCGAAGACUCGCAAGUGCAACUAACGGACUCAAUGUUCAACAGUUCUGCAUUUCAAUGUUCAAAUAAUAUUUCGUCCAGCGAUACCUGUGAUAAGUGAAUUAUUUUUUUUUCAUACAACAAAUUGUGCAACCACUCAAUCUCUUCACUUCUGGGAAUAGAGAACAUCUUUAGGACCCUACCGAGGAAGAUGGGUGUCCCCAAGGUGAAGGUUGCCAUUAUUUGUGCAGUGGCAAUUGCUGCUAUUGCCGGUGGGGUGGCAAUGGGAGUGCUCUGGGGUUCAGUGUUCGAUAAAAUUCUCUCUCGUGAAUUAAUUCUAUCUCCAACAUCUAAGAGUUUCUCGAUAUGGAAGACUACACCAAUUCCCAUGUACCUCAAGAUUUAUCUAUUCCACUGGACAAAUCCAGACCUGGUGGCAACAGCUAAACCGCACUUCAUUGAGAAAGGCCCUUACGUUUUCAAGGAAAUUGAUUAUAAAGUCAAUAGAACAUGGAACACCAAUGGUACAUUGACAUUCAAUCAAAAAAGAAUUUGGCAUUUCAUACCAGAAAAAUCAAAUGGUACCUUGGACGACGAAAUUGUCAAUCUCAAUCCAAUAGCAGUUACAAUAGCCUACCGAGUACGACAUAAGCCAAAAGCGAUAAGAGAAAUUGUCAGCGGUGCCUUGAAGUUUCUCGAGAAGGGCUUGACAGUUCGAAAAAAAGUGCGCGAACUGUUGUUCGACGGUUAUGAAGACGAGUUGAUUGAACUCGCUAGGAAGUUCAAAGUUCCAAACAUCCCCUGGGACAAGUUCGGUUGGUUCUACGGAAGAAACAUGUCGGAAACCUACGAUGGAACUUUUUCAAUGAAUACGGGGGCCAACAGCAUGACAGAGCUUGGGAUCCUCAGCGAGUGGAAUUACAGUAAAAAAUCGACUAUAUACCCUGGCACAUGUGGACACAUAAACGGCUCCCUGGGUGACCUCUGGCCCCCCGUAAGGUACUACGAGAAAGUAUCCGUAUUCGCCCCAGACGUCUGCACCCUAGUUCCACUGCACGAGAAUGGACUCAUGAGUAUCAACGGAUUGGAGGGCAAACAGUUCCUGGCAACUCGUGAGACCUUUGACAAUGGGAGUAGAGUCGAGUCAAGAGCUUGCUACUGCAAAGACGUUGAGUGCCAGCCCUCGGGGACAUUGAAUGUGUCAACAUGCAAAUUUGGAGCUCCAGCAUUCGUCAGUCUUCCCCACUUCCACUUGGCCGAUGAGAGUUAUCUCAAUGCAAUCGAUGGACUCAGACCAGCGCACGAUGGAUCCCAUAAUUUUUCGAUUGUUGUGCAGCCGGAUAUGGGGAUUCCCCUGCAGGUCAGGGCUCGUCUGCAGUUGAAUCUACUGAUUCAGCCUAUUCAGUACAUCGGUCUCUUCGAAAAUGUGCCAAAAGUCUUCAUUCCCAUGCUGUGGUUCCGACAGGAGGCUGAUCUCUCCUCGGACCUGGGUUCUCAAUUGAAAUUUGUUCUCAUUCUGCCAACUCUUGGGAACGUCACAUUCUACGGAAUUGCUGGCCUCGGAGUGCUUCUUCUCAUCAUUGGGGGAAUUGUCUGCGUGCGGGGGAGAAGGAGGGCUGAGGACAAUCAGAGAUUGAUCGCAAAAAAUGAGAGCAAUGGGACUGCUACGACUGAGGGAUGAUUGAUGGCUCGUGGGAGGAGAAAACGAAAGAGUCAAUUAUAUUUUUUUAAUUCUAGGAGGAGACACUCUCGAAGGAAUCCUCACUCUCGGAUUGAACAGUCUUUCUAUUUUUCUUGAUUUAAAAAAUUUGUAAAUAGCAGUUUGAGGCACCUGUGUUCUUCGGGUGGAGCUCGGGGUGGGGGCACGGGGAAAAACGUGAUAAACAAGUGCCUCAGGGGGUUGAUGAUGGGAAAGAAUAUUUCCAGUGCCCGGUUAGAGUAUUAGGGGACGACUAUACUGUAAUUAUUGGAAAAUUGGAGAGGAGGAGGCAGUUUUUGGAGCUUGGUGGAUCCAAUUGGCAAGACUUGCGUGAAAUAUGAGACAAUGAUACAUAAUAUAUUAUCUAAGUAAUUUGUGAUUUAUCACGAGUGUUGGAAAAUUGUAGAUGAAAUGGUAUAACAUUGUUAAUCAGUUAAUUACUUGUCAAGUUAUUCGAGUUUUUUUGUGGUAGUUUAUUACCACUGGCAAUCGUUGGAAUGUGCCUGCAAUACUUAUGUACGUAAAUCAUUGAGGUCGUGUUCAUCCGCGUGCGGAAAAAUUUAAUGGAAUUCUUCUUUAGCUUCGAUUUCAAGCAUUUUUUCCAUUCAAUAUUUCCACGCGACCCCGUACAUACGAAUAAUCAAUCAAUCAUCACUUUAAUUGUCAUGCUACUGAAAAGUGCGGCUGGUACGAUAGUGAGAUGCCAAAAUGCAUACUUUCAAUCAAAUAGAAGACUUCUUGGUACUUGUAACCAAGAUCCUCGUUACGAAUAUUAAAUAGUAAUGCAAAUUUCGAAGUAGGAUAUGCGAUUUAGACUGUUUAUGGUACCCACUCAAUAGUUAAAAAUAUUGUAAAAAAUCAUAAAUAACAUCAUGAAGUUUGUAUAAAUACUGUAAUUACUGGGAGAACAUUUUUACAGCGUUAGACAAUAGCUUUAUCUUAACCGGUUUCAUUUCAAAUUCUUCAUUGUCUAUUGAAAAAUAUUGUUGCUUAUCAUUCUGAAACAAAUAAUGUUACAAUUUUUAUUAAUAAAAAAUGACAAUUGUUGGAAAGAAGUGAAGGUGAGGUCAAUGUCAGAAUGAGAUCGUGGAUUAGAGAUUAUGUAGAACCGAGACAUUUUAAUAAUUCUUGUCUUCUCGAUAACAGAAAUUGAAUGGAUUGAAAUUACGGCAUUUUUACUUACGGAAUCGUCUGCAGUAUUCGGCAAGAGUUCGAUAUCUUUGGCCUCUACAGUUUUAUUUAUAAGCGUUUUUUCUCCUUUUAUUCUUCUCCAACCUUCGGCUACGAAAUCUGUGUAACUAACGUAUUCCGGACCUUCAAAAAUAAUAGCAUAAAAAAACCAAAGGGAAUGAAUUAAUUAGAAAAGUUUUCAGUGAAAUGACACCAACAAGUCGUUAUUAUGUGAAUGAUUGUUACCUAAAUGUAAUUUAACAGACGGCGGGCCUUCCUUGACCGGAUUCUUAACGUUACUAGUUAUUAAACUGAGUUCUGUUGCA